UCCUCCAGACACUCCCUUCCCCUCCCUUCAUCUCUGACUCUUCUCAGGACUCCAUUUCAAUCCAUGGCGGAGUUUUUGGAUAACUUCAACUGCCUUAAGCCCUCUCUCCCCUUCGUGGAAAUGGACCCAAGCUUUGAGCUGAUGAUGGCCCACUUUGCAGAGCUUAACGGCACUGACAUGGAGAACUCCAGCGAAGGACUGAUGGGCUUCUCCAGUGAGAACUGCUUGUCUCACCUGCCUGAGUUCUCGAUGCCAUUCGCCGAUAACUUGCCGAGCUUUUUGUCGCCGGAGUGCGCGAAACCGAUUACCAUCAGUCAGCCUGUGGCUUCCGACGGGGAGCAGAGUCAUGGAGACAGGAAAAGGAAAGCCAAGGCAGCACCAGAGACCAGCUCUGCGAACUCCUCUGAACCACGUACACAGAGUUGUAUAAGAGAUGACAAGUCUAAGAAGAAGACUGGUUCAGGGAGUGUGAAGAGGAGGAGGAGCAAUUCAAAGGAAGUGGAGAAGCCAAAGGAGGUGGUUCAUGUGAGAGCAAGAAGAGGCCAAGCUACUGACAGCCACAGUCUAGCUGAGAGGGUAAGGAGGGAGAGGAUUAAUGAAAAAAUGAGGUGUUUACAAGACCUUGUUCCUGGAUGUUAUAAGGCCAUGGGCAUGGCGGGGAUGCUCGAUGAAAUAAUUAACUAUGUGCAAUCACUGCAGAACCAAGUUGAGUUUCUUUCAAUGAAGCUUUCCGCAGCAAGCUCUUUCUAUGACUACAGUUUGGAGUUGGAAGCCAUGGCAACACCGCAGGUGGGUGAGGCCCAAGAAAUGGGGAGGGUAGGAAGGGAAGGGUAUGGGGGGUGCACCAGCUUCCACUCAACGAUGCCCUUUUGACUCUACUUUUGGCUCUUGGCUCUGCCAUGCCUUCGACCGCAUAUAUACGUCUGCCCUUCCUCCUGCCAGCCACAUCAAGAAGCCCGCACCUCCUCAUCCCGUGCAAUGCAUGUCACAACCGCACAUGAACCAUGUACUUCCCCACACACUUGCAGGGCAACACAUAACAUAUAUACCUUUGUCCUGUAUUUUUCUUGUAUGUUAAUUUACUAUGAAAAAAAGGAAACAAAUAAUCUUAUCAUAUGAUAUAUUUUUAUUGUGUCAUG